CUGUUAACCAAAUAAUUCUAAAUGUAAACACAGCUGACAGAGCCGCACUUUUCGGAAAGGUGUUGUUAGUGAAAUAGGUAAUUUUCGAUGAGAUCGCGACCAUGGAACAGCACAAGAGUCGGCUGGGGUAUACCCUAGGAAUGCUGAGUCUCUUCCUCUGUGGCGCUGUCUUCUUUCUGAUCGGCUUCUUUCCGGCCUCGUACUCGGUGGCGGAGGAUGACAGCAGCGUUCCAGGUGGGCGUCCCACUUCGCUCCACGGCGUCAAAUUGGAGCCCCCACCGCCGAGCUACGAUUCCUUCAUACUAUUUCUGAUCGAUGCCCUGCGCGAUGAUUUUCCGAAUGCCACGUCAAUGCCCAUAUCACAUUCCACUGCCUGCGAGAAGCUAAGCCUUCAUGUGGACAUACCCACUGUAACAAUGCCGCGGCUGAAAAGCCUGACCACUGGCACCCUGUCAAACUUUAUAGAUAUUGCUCUAAACAUUGGACACACAGAGCAAUUGGAAGAUUCCUUGCUGCACCGGCUGAAAAAGCAGAAGAGGGUGGUGUCCUUUGCAGGUGACCAUACUUGGGUGAAACUGUUCCCGAGUGAGUUCACCCGCCAUGCAGCUAAUAAUGAUUCCUUUUUCGUUAAUGAUUUUUAUGAGGGCGACAAAAGUGUCUCUAAAGUAUUGGACUCUGAGCUACAGCAGGAAGAUUGGUUUCUGUUGGUCCUCCACUAUCUGGGCCUCGAUCACAUUGGCCAUGUCGAGGGGAAUACCAGUCCAAGGGUGCAACUUAAGCUGAGGGAAAUGGACGAAGCUGUGCAAAAGAUAUUGGAGCAUAAAAAAAGUUCAAACUAUCUGCUCAUGCUAUCUGGUGAUCAUGGAAUGGCCGAUGGAGGCGGACAUGGCGGAAACACUCCAGAAGAAACUCUGGUGCCCCUAUAUCUUUAUUCGAGGAAUUGUAGCAAAACAACAGCGGGCUCGAAACGCUACAACCAAAUUGAUUUUACGCCUACGCUUUCGGUGCUUAUGUCCGUGGAAAUUCCAACGCCUUCAAUUGGAUGCCUUAUUCCAGAAAUGCUCCAAUCGAUGUCGUUGGAGCACCAGAUGUAUGCUUACUUCUACAAUGCUCACCAUUUGCUUAAUAAGGCACGCGUGAAGUUUGGCCACGACCAAGUCCGACGGAGUGAUUACUACACAUGGUAUCAAAACGCCACCCUACUGCACAAAAAAUUGCUACAACCUUUGAGAGAAGGCGGUAGUGGAGCUAGCAAUGUCCACUAUCAGAACGCCAAGCUUAACUAUAUGCGAGUGGCCCGUGAAAUUUCUAGUUUACUCUCAGAGUCACUGGUCAAGUUUGACUACGGCUUCAUUGUUCUGGGACUUACCUUAACAACGGUGACUUCUCUUCACAUUGUUAUUAGUGUCUUGUACCUGGAUCUCACGCAACAACUGCAAUUGGACAGCCUGAAAGCGGGGCAGCUGUUAAUAUCCCUUGCCAUGGGUAUCCUCCUAAACUUGACCUGCCAUGGAUUGGAUCUUAUUCUAAUCAGUUCCACUUGGCACAGUAUUUUACUUACCAUUCCAAUAACUCUAUCGGUUUAUCUUACUUUCGAUGUGGCGCAGGCGCUGCUUAAGAUUGCCCUUCCACCCAUAUACACCCGACGUUUGAAGCUUUCCAUUCCAUUACCUCUACCGCUGCUGGCCUGUUUUGCGAUACGGACAUUGACGCUUGGGUCUUCCUCGUUUAUUGAGCAGGAGUACAAGACGUGGUACUACUUGGGAAACAGCCUUAUCCUGUUAACUGCCUUCCGGACCCUUCGUCGUCGCAUUACUAAGGCUAAUGUGGAGCUGGAUGGCCGACACCUCUACACCGUUGCCUCGACAUGUCUGUGGCAGCUCCGCAAGGUUUUUGUCAUGCUGAUGCUACUGACUUUGAUGCGAUACCUUCACAGGCUUCAGGCGAUUCGGAGCACAAUCACAAUAUUCUCGCUGCUGCUACUUUGGGCGCGUCUGCAUCAUCAUAAUCAGCUCCUGCAGUCUGUGGCCAGUGGAGCAGCUUUGUUUUUGGUGUACUGCUUUCGUGGGCUCAACGGUCAGGUGCAGUUCUUUGAGCUGGCUCCUUAUUUGAUAUCGCGAAUUAUGGUGCCCACGCUGGUAAUGUUCUGGUGCUGCUUGGCAUUGGUUCUAGUCUUAGGAUAUUUAGCGGCACUUCCCCAGACGAAAAGCUUCGGGGACUUGCCGCCAAGACAAGUCUUACUUCAGCUGCUUCAGACAAACCUCACCUGUUCCUUGCUUCUGUCAGCACUACUGCAAAAGGUGCAAAACAUAAUCCUGCUGCCGGUACUUCUGGUGGCCCUACAGCAAUCCUACAAGCUGUGCGACGUUUUUGCGACCAGUGCACGCAAGUUCUCCGUGCGAUUGGUGCACGUAUACAAAAUUAUUCUGACGAUAUUUUUGGCCAGGAUGUUCUACUUCUACCAGGGCAAUUCCAACAGCCUAUCGACCAUCGACCUAACACCCGGAUACAUCGGUCAAACAAGCUACAACCCUGUGAUCGUAGGAUUCUUUGUGACUUUAAAUACCUACAGCGCGGAAAUUCAUGCAUUUCUUUAUCUGAUGGUUCACACUCUGCGUGCGGAUCUUCGCAACGUGGGUAUCAUGCAGUUACAGCCGCCGUACUCCAUUGCAGCGGACUCCCUGAUAGUUCCACUCUACGCUGCGCUCAUCAUGCUACCAGCAUCCUUCUACCUCUGUCUGAUGGUGGGAUUCCGCUACCAUCUCUUUAUAUACUCCGUAUUUUCCCCAAAGGUUCUCUACGACUGUUACACUGUACUGGUUUUCUAUUUGGUAUUUUUAGUAACGAGUUUGUACUUUAAAUUGUUUAAAAAUGACGCUUAAAUAAGAAAUAAUUUAAAACGCUUAAGCUAA